AUGGGGCAGGGUGAACACGUGAGAGACCGGCGCUGCCUGCAAAGCCGGCGCUCGCGACUCAUUCUGGCAAUCCUUGUAUUCAUUGCCCUUCUCGCCGUCGUCAUACCACCAGCAGUAGUGUUGACCCUACACAAAUUCACCAUGGGCCCUAAAGCAUCAGUUUUCGUACCGCUCUACGUCUACCCUGCCCCGGGAGCAUGGGAUCCCUUAGAAAAGGUGAUCUCUUCUCAUCCCGACGUCAAUUUCACCGUCGUGGUCAAUCCUGGUAGUGGUCCAGGGCCCAACGCCUUGCCCGAUGGAAAUUACACACGAGAGAUACCCAAGCUGGCGUCUUAUGGCAACGUCCGCCUCCUAGGCUAUGUUGCUACCACGUACGGGCAGCGCAACUUCUCGUUGGUGCGGCGGGACAUUGAGACCUAUGCGGCGUGGCCGACCAACAGUUCGAACCCCAAUCUAGCGGUUCGGGGUAUAUUUUUCGACGAAACCCCCCAGCAAUACGAAAGCAAUACCUUGGCCUACCUCCAAGAUCUGACUGCUGUCGUGAAGACAACCACCGGCCUGGGUCCGGACCAUUUUGUCGUCCAUAAUCCCGGCACGAUCCCUGAUGCCCGCUACUUGCCGACGGCUGAUUCGACUGUGGUCUUUGAGGCAACCUACGAGACGUUCUUGGAGCGUCAAGGGGCUAAGCUGUUUCAGGAAAUCCCGAACAGCACUCGCAGCCAGCUGUGCGCCGUGGUCCACUCGGUGCCAGACAGCGUGGAAGGGCACAAGUUCCGAGACCUGGUGAAGCAAGUGCGCAAGGUCGCCGAUGAGAUUUUCAUCACUCAUCUGGAUACAGAUUAUUAUGCGAGUUUUGGCGGCCAAUGGGAGGAAUUUGUGGAACUAAUGGCUCGAUCGUGA